AUGGACCACUACCCCGAAGUCAGCGUCAACGAACGCGAAACCCCCUCCUCGAUGCUCUCCUCGCGCCACGACUCCGCCUCCUCCAUCGCCAAAACCGCCGCUGCUGGUCAAAGACCCUCUGGAGCCUCCACUACAGACGACUCCGCAGCGCGCAACUCCUCAUACACCGACUCGAGCUCGUCGUCCAACUCCAACCUCCAACGUAUCGAAGCGGAGUACGCGCGGUAUACAGAUGCGCCGCCACCGUACAGCGAGAAAGCGUAUGAGGGCAAGAGCGACGACGAGAGGAAUAGCAUGCGCAUGACGGAUUAUGCGAAGGAGAUCUCUAGGAUGAUGGGACGGCAGUUGGUUAGGGGGCUGAAGAUUGAUGAGAGGGAGAAGGGGAGGAAGGAGAAUAAGGCGAAGUGA